ACCAAAUGUGAGUCUGCUUGAACAAGGAUGGAGCCGUGCGAGUAGCUAUGGGGUUCCCGGAUGUUACAUGCCGCUCCUGAGAUCGCUUACAGAUGUUGUUGUGAUUCGUCCCCCCCGCAUUCGCAAUGCCGCACUUAAAUGCCUGGCGCAUGAUGUCUGUGCCGUGGUCGUUACCUGCAACUUAUCAUGUCUCUGCGCGUCUUGCAGUUCUCUCGAAUUACUACGCCUUCUCUUUUUGUUUAUAAACGCCAAUUGAUACAUACAAUGGCCUCUCAAGCGCCUGUAAAACUCGCCAUCCUCGACGACUACCACAACAUCGCAGUGCAGCAUUUCUCUGCAAUAGAUCCAUCCAAGCUCGAGGUCGUGACUUUCAACGACACAUUACCUUCAUACACGCAUCCGCAGACCACCGAUGCCGACCGCAAAAAGCUAGUCGACCGCCUGCGGCCCUUUGAGGCCCUCUCCACUAUGCGCGAAAGAACCCCGUUUCCUGGCGAGCUGCUCCGCCAAUUACCAAACUUGAAAGCCAUUUUUGCGACAGGGACUCAGUUCGAAACAUUUGAUAAAGAUACAAUGAAGGAACUAGGCGUCCAAUUAGUUGCGGCGCCUGGGAGAGGAAGGACCGACGGAAAAGGUCGUGGUCCGACGGCUCGAGCAAAGAUCGAUAUCAAGAAGGGUGGAGGGCAUCCUACAACUCAACAUGCAUGGGCAAUGAUAUUGGCUCUGGCACGCAAUGUUGCAGCUGAUGAUGCCGUGAUCAAGGGUAAAGGAGUAGCUUCCGGGUGGCAGACUGAACUCGCGAUUGGAUUGCAGGGAAAAACACUCGGUCUUGUAGGUUUCGGGAGAAUAGGCGCAUUGGUAGCUAGGAUAGGGUUGUUAGCGUGGGGUAUGAAAAUCGUGUGUUGGAGCGCGAAUUUGGAGCAACAGAGAGCGGAUCAGCUGGCGGAAGAAGUGGGUUUACCUAUGACAGGCGGAGGUAUUGCUACAGAAGAUGAGCCUACAUUUAAGGUCGUUGGAAAGGAAGAGUUGUUUAAGAACUCGGACGUGAUCAGUUUGCAUUACGUUCUAAGUCCACGAUCGCGGGGUAUUGUUGGAGCGCAAGAGCUGGGAUGGAUGAAACACUCCGGACUUUUGAUCAACACUUCAAGAGGCCCGCUCAUCAACGAAGCCGCUUUAUUGGACACUAUCCGUGACGGUCGUAUACGCGGCGUCGCACUCGAUGUUUUCGAUAUCGAGCCUCUUCCCGCAGAUAGUCCAUGGAGAUCUGAAAAUUGGGAUGUGAAAGGCAAGAGCAGAGUCCUUCUGACUCCGCACAUGGGUUAUGUUGAAGAAGAAACUAUGCAAACAUGGUACGAAGAGACAGCGGAGAACGUAGAGAAGUACAUCGAGGGAAAGGAAUUGCAACACUGCCUAAUAUAGUUGCUCUAUGGCCCGCACUACGAAAUUCAACAUCUGUAUGGUGUGUUCGAAUACAUA